CUAGUUAUUUAUAUAUAUAGGAGGGAGAGGCAUAAAAUUUGCUUGUUUAGGUGAUUCGACAAGGGAAAAAAGGGAAAACGGAGGAACAACAAUGACAGGUAGAAUAAGCUGCUGUAUGAAUCUUCCUCUCCUUGAUUCCAACUCUGCACAACUAUCAUCUCCACUACUCAAGACAACGUCACGGAUCUCUUGGAGAACAGAGGAUGAAACAGAGCCACGGAAGAACAAGUGUUCUCUUGCCUUCGCCAUAGCGGCGACUGUUGUGAUCGGCGCGAUUCAGAUCAGUGACGUGGCAUCGGUGGAAGCGGCGGUUGUAAAACUGCCGGUGAAAGAGAUGGUUCCACGGAGGUGGAGCGACAAGAGGAUGUGUCCGCCUUGGCUUCAGAAUUCACUCGAGACGAUUGUACCGGAAAAUCUUCCUCGUCCUUCGAGUCAUCGGCGUUUGGAGUUAGCCAGACUUGGUAAGCGUGAUGCGCCGCUGGUCGAUGCGGUGGUGACACGUGUCAAUAGAACUGCUUGUUUCUCCGUGUAAAUUGGAAGUUCAUUACGUGUACGCGAAAGUGUUAGGUCACGUGUAAAAAAAAUUAGAAACAAAAUUGUAAUACUAUGAUUGAUUGUUUUUUGCUUAUGUUUUAAUUCGUGUUACGCGCAGUUUGUAUUAAUAAUUUAGUUAAUGUUUUGAUUAAUAUCUUUGAAAUUAUUAAAAUUAUAAUAUAUUUUAUAGAAAUUUUUUAUAUAAAAAAUUAAAAUAUAAUAUGUAGUAUU